AGGCUUCAGUCUCAGUCCCGCAGAGCGGCGACCGGAGGCAAGCAUCCCGGCUCUGGCUUCUGCUCCCGCUCCGGAGGAUGCGGCUCGACUAGGAUGCUGCCGCGCCUGAUAGUGCAGCUUCCGGCCCUCCUCAGCCUGCUCCUCGGCUUUCGCGCGCACGAACUGCCCAGACCUUCAUCUGCGUGGUUUGAAGCAGAAUUUUUCUACCACGUCCUCCACUGGACUCCCAUCCCGAAUCAGUCUGAAAGUACCUACUAUGAAGUGGAGCUCCUGCGGUAUGGAGUAGAGCCCAUCUACUGGAACCCCAUCCGCAGCUGUAGCCAAACCUUGGUGCUGUCCUGUGAUCUCACCAUGCAGACCCUGGACCUGUAUCAUAGCAAUGGUUACCGAGCCAGAGUCCGGGCAGUGGACGGAGGCCAGCACUCAAACUGGACCUCUCCCAACACUCGCUUCUCUGUGGAUGAAGUGACUCUGACAGUUGCCGGCGUGAAGCUAGAGGUGCACGAUGGCAUCAUCUUUGGGGUGAUCCAGCUCCCCAGGCCCAAGAUGGCCCCUGCAGGCAACACAUAUGAAAGCAUCUUCCACAACUUCCGGGAGUAUGAGAUUGAGGUUCGCAAGGUACCAGGACGAUAUAAGUCCCAUGACAAGAUAAAACAUGAAAACUUUAACCUCCCAGUCCCGAGAGGGGUGGGAGAGUUCUGUGUCAGGGUGAAACCAUCUGUCAGCUCCCGAGUGAACAAGGAGGUCUGGUCCAAGGAGGAGUGCAUCGUGCUCACCCCGCAGUAUUUCACCGUGACCAACCUCAGCAUCUUCUUCACCUUUGUCCUGCUGCUCUGUGGAGCCCUGGCCUUCUUCCUGGCCCUCCAGCUGUAUGUGCAGCGCCGGGGGAAGCUGCCCACCGUCCUGGUCUUCAAGAAGCCCAGUCCCUUCAGCCUCAUCAGCCAGCUUUCCUGCCCAGAGACCCAAGACACCAUUCACCCCCUCGAUGAGCAGGCCUUCCCCAAGGUGUCCCCAGAGCUGAGGAACUCGGAGCUGCACGGCAGCACGGACAGUGGCUUCAGCAGUGCCAAGCCAUCCCUGCAGACUGAUGAGCCCCAGUUCCACCUCCCUGCCCCCCACCCCCAGGCUGGGGGUACUUUGGGAAAGGGGGCGCCCCGGUUGCCAGAGGACAGCUGCAGUAGCGGCGGCAGCAAAAGUACAGACAGCGGGAUCUGCCUGCAGGAGCCCAGCCUGAGUCCUGGCACGGAGCCCAGCUGGGAGCCGCAGGCGGGGAGCGACAGCCGGGACCAGCUUGACAGUGGCAUUGGCCUGGUCCAGAACCCUGAGGGGCAGCCUGAGGAUGUUCAGGGUGGCUCAGCUUUGGGCCCUGUGAGUCCCCUGGGACCGGAGGUGGCUGCAGGAGAAGACCCAGCUGCAGGGGCCUUCCAGGGCUACCUGAAGCAGACCCGGUGCCCGGAGGAGAGGGCAGCCGAGGCAGGCGGCCUGGAAGAAGAGUCCUCCUCAACAGAUGGCCUUGGCCCCAAAUUCAAGACAUGCGUGGAUGCUGAGGUGGACUGGCCUCUACCAGCCCUGGCCAAGGGCUAUUUGAAACAGGACCCCCCAGAAAUGACUCUCACUCCCUCAGGGGCCCCAGCUGGACAGUGGAACCCACCAACUGAGGAUUGGUCACUCCUGGGCUUGACCCGCUGUGGUGACCUUGGAGCAUCUGACUGGAGCUUUGCCCACGACCUUGCCCCUCUGGACUGUGUGGCAGCCCCAGGCGGUCUCCUGGGCAGCUUUGACUCAGACCUGGUCGCCCUGCCACUCAUCUCCAGCCUGCACUCAAGUGAGUGACUCGGGCCAGAGGGCUGCUUUUGGUUUCCGCUGCACCCUGCCUGGACCCAGAGGGGCCCCAGGGGAUGAAAGUGAAGCACGAGGCCAGUCUGGGCACUUUUCUGCAAGCGUAGUGAGGCCAGCGCCAGGCCUGGUAAGUGUCCAGGGCAGGAGGACACUCAGCUAGCACAGGGUACAUGUGUGGCAUUGGCCUCCUCUGCAGACGGGGCCCUGCAGACUCUGGCGGAACUGAGAAGGGCAGGGCAGAGAUCUCCACCUCCUUGGGAUGCUUCCCAUAUUGUAAAGGACUGCUUGCUCAGGGGAAUCAUGGGGCCUUUUGGAGUUGUGGUGAGGCCACCAGGCUGAAGUCAGCUCAGAGAGCCAGGCCGCCCUGCUGAGGCCAGCCAUGUGUCAGGGCCUCCAGCAGGAUAGAGGGCCGAGAGGAUGGAGGCUUCAGGGCCUCGCUGCAGGGGCCAUUUCUAGGAGGUAAAAGAGGGAGCAGGGGUCAAAGGGAGCUGAGAUGCAGAAGGGGGCUUCUGGCUCAGAAUCCAGUGCUCUGGGGAUGGCUUGUGUCCAUCUGCAGACAGCACCCUCUUUCAAGCAACUAGAGCAGCAUCCCCCUGGGGCACUUGGAGUGGCCAAGCCAUGCACUACCCUCACCCUGCUGCCCACACCAUCUUGCUGACAGUACCAGCGAAAGCAUGGGUGUUUGUACUGGUCAAAACUCAGGCCUUCAGGUGGCCUCUAGGCUUGGACGCCACCUUAUCUGCCCAAGAGGGUCAGGGUUAGGACCUGCACUGUGUUUGCUGCUGACAUCCAGCUAUAGGACAGGACACUGGGGUAGGGUCUCUGUUCAAUGAUCAGCUGUGCGACCUUGGGCCAGCCACUUCUCAGAGGGCCUCAGUUAUCCCAUCUGUGAUGUAAAGAAUCUCUAGGGGACCCUUCUAGAUGAUGGAUGGAUGAUAGCCAAGCUGGCUUCUGGGGUGACAUCUCCAACCCCAACUGACCCUGGGUAGGGAGGAAGCCACGCCUUCACAGAGCUGGCUUCUUUCCCAUGCCGCAGGCUAACUGAUGUAGCAAGAGUGCAUGGCAUUGUGCUGAGAGAACAAUCAGACCCUGGGCCCAGAGAGGGGGCAGGUGUGGGCCCCGCUUCCCCACAGUCAGUUUAGAAUCUGUCUGCAAAGCCAUUUUACAAUCCGUGGGCAGGGAACCUGGGAGGGGUGAUAGGCCUGGGGCGUGCCCACCGCCCAAGUCAUCCUCGGCCCUGUGUUUUCCGUGGCAUUCUGGGAAUAGAUAUCAGGCCCAGGGAAUCCAGCCAGAGCCCCUUCCACUCUGCCAGGAAGCUCGUAGGCGCCAGUCCGAUAAUAACUCCCUCUAGAAACAGGCUUGAAGGAGGGGUUUCUCAGCGUUUCCUUGGAAGGUUUAUUUAUUUAUUUUGUUCAUUUAUUUAUUGAAGCAGCAGCAAGAUACAGGGAAAGAGUUCUGGGUAUUUCGAUAGCCUAGGAGUUCUCAUUCUGAUUUCACUGUUUCUAGCCGUGUGACCGUGGGAAAGCCACUUUUCCUCAUCUGUGAAACCAGAAAACGUUGUCUGACUUGUUUCAUUCAUAAGGGUGUGAGGUUCCACUGACAACGAGGAUGUGAAUGUGCCUUGAACGCAGGCUCUGUAAAUGAGUGACAUGUGUUCUUUCUUCCAAUAAAUUGUCAGAACCACA